AUGACGCUAGAGGCCGACUCGGACGGCUUCCAGUUCGUGCGAAGCAAACGACGUCCACGAGGCACACCCAGUGCCACCGGGAAGAACGUUUCCAACAGCAAUGGGAAUAUCACCGGGCCCACGAGCGGGUUCGCAUACGCCUCUGCCUCGUCGAGUAGCAGAUCGGGGAGAAGGGAUGCGAAGGGGCGCAGGGAAAAGGAAGGCGAACAGGAGAGGGAGACAAAGGCGAUGGAGAGGGCGAUUCACGCGAUCGACGUUUUCGUGAGGUACUUGGGUAGCGAGUUGGGAUUGGAUGCGACAAGUGAUUUGGCAGGCGGGCAGACGUUUGCUUCAGAACUGGCAAGGGUGGUGAAGCGUGUUUGGCCUGUUGAACAAUCAACUUUGCAAUGCAAGGCGGACGCAGAAGCGCAAACAUCACAGGAUUCGUCACCUCGACCCCGCGCCGAGGAACCGCAAGACGCACUACAUCCGCCGUCCUCUUCGCAAGCUUCCACUGCACCACCCCUUCCCCGCCAGAUAGUCUGCCUCGGUCUAGGAUCACCGACAACCUCACGUAGCGCCCAGAUCCAGCUUGCGCUCCUCGUGGUCAUACGCUCCUGGCUAUUGCGCCAUUCCAGCCGGUCUUCCUCGAGUGCUUUGGGUAGCAAGACGAUAGAGGGUAGUAUGGAAUGUCUCGCCUUCGAUCCGGUGUUCUCUGCCGCGGACACAGCCCUCUUGAAACGAUACGACGUCCGUACACUCUCCAGCAGCCUGCACACGGAAGUCGAGCAGAAGGAACACAACCAGGGAAACCGAGCGGAAUCCAUCGAACCAUUCUACACGGCGAUCACAGAACCCACCCUGCUAUACAUGCCACAUUGCGACAGAGGGCUGUACGAAGAAGUCCUUUCUCUUAAUUACUCGUCUUCCGCAACAACGACCCAAACACCUAAGCCAAAUGGACCAAGUCCGAUCGUGCUCCUCUGCAACACCCUCUCCAACUACCAAAACACCACCUCCGACCAGGACCUGCAAAACCACGCACCAACUCUACACCGUUUGACACCCCAAUUCAACGUGGAGGAACUGCCCAACUGGGAAGGUGGGAGGAAAGGGUUGCCGUUGGUACGGCAGCUGCAGGUCGGACAGAAGGAGUCGAAGACGGAGAAAGAGGAUGCCGUGGGAGAAGAAGGGGCGGAGAACGUUGUGGGCGAGUUUGCGAGGUUGUGGGAUCGAAACGCGUUGAGGGAUUUGGCGUUUCACUGGAUGUAG